CUAGAGGCUGUGAAAGGAAAGAAAACAUACUGGUUGCAGGCUUAUGAAAUAAAAUAUAUACAGCAUUUGAUGUAAGCUAAAAAUUCUCAAUUUGCUGUUUUAUAUAGAAACAGCUUAUAACUAAACUGAGCUCAAUCGAAAGACGGUCUACGCGGACAUUAAAACCAAGCACACCUUUUACACGUUACACGUCACUUAGCAAAGCGGUGCUGCUCGUUUAAUGUAAGUUAGCCAGCGGGGAGCAUCUGGAUCAUGUUUCCUGGAAAAUACGGUUGUCUUUGCUAUAAUGAUGGAUGAACCAAGGAUUAUGGAGCAGUGGAGUAGGACAAAUCUGCUUCCUAGAGAAGACUGAUGAAUAAUAAAUCCAAAGGACUGUCUGCACCAUGGGAAGGAUCGGCUUUUCAUGCCUUUUCCCAGCGUCAUGGCACUUCAGCCUGUCAUCCCAGGUUCUUCCUCGGCUUCUGACUCCUUCCCUCCGACAACUUCUCUUCAUCGGCCUGGUGCUCUGCCUCAUAGGACUGCUCUACCUGUUGCUCGUUGCUGUAAAUACACACACCAGCUGGAUCGGAGAAGAAAACCCUUUCCACCGGCACCUGGCGAGAGUUACUGACUUGGAUGCGACGGAUACAAGCAAUCCCAACCUGAACUACGGCCUGGUGGUGGACUGUGGCAGCAGUGGCUCCAGGGUGUUUGUGUACUGCUGGCCCCGGCACAACGGUAAUCCCCGUGAACUGCUGGACAUACGGCAAAUGCGAGAUCAACACCGCAAGCCAGUAGUCAUGAAGAUCAAGCCUGGUAUAGCUGAAUUGGCUAAAACACCUGAGAAGGCCAGUGACUACAUAGAUCCACUUCUAAGCUUUGCAGCUCAACACAUCCCCAAGCAUAAGCACCAGGAAACUCCUCUGUACAUCCUGUGCACAGCGGGAAUGAGAAUCUUACCAGAGAGUCAACAAGAAGCCAUUCUGGAAGAUCUACGCACAGAUAUCCCAGUUCAUUUCAACUUCCUCUUCUCUGAUUCCCACGUGGAGGUGAUUUCUGGAAAACAAGAAGGUGUCUAUGCAUGGAUUGGAAUAAACUUUGUCCUUGGGAGGUUUAACCAUGUGGACAAUGAUGGGGAAGCUGUGGUGGAGGUAAAUGUUCCCGGCACCGAUCAUCAGGAAGCGCUGAUGAGGAAAAGAACCGCGGGUGUCCUGGACAUGGGUGGUGUCUCCACACAGAUUGCAUAUGAAGUGCCCAAAACUGUAAGCUUUGCUUCUCCACAACAGGAGGAAGUGGCCAAAAACUUACUUGCAGAAUUCAACCUGGGAUGUGACGCUCACGUCACCGAUCACGUUUAUCGUGUUUACGUGUCCACCUUUCUGGGUUUCGGAGGAAACGCUGCACGCCAAAGAUAUGAGGAGAAUCUCAUCAGAAAAACUGCAGCUCGAAACAAACUCUUGGGUGAGCAUGUUGGCGAAACAGCAGAGUCUCCCCUGCUGGACCCUUGUCUCCCCACCGACCUCCUGGAUGAGAUCGGACCGUCUACACAGAGGCUCCACCUUCGGGGGACCGGAGACUUCGACGAGUGCAGACGGAUUCUGCAGCCGUUCCUCAACAGAACCAAUGUCGCCCAAACGUCCCUGAGCGGCAUCUACCAGCCAGCGAUCGACUACAGCAACAGCCAGUUUUAUGGCUUUUCAGAGUUUUUCUACUGCAUGGAGGACGUGCUGCGUAUGGGCGGGGAUUAUAAUGCUUCUAAAUAUGCCCGAGCCGCCAAGGGUUACUGUGCCACCCAGUGGAAGACACUGAAGGAACGCUUUGAUUCUGGUCUUUAUGCAUCACAUGCAGAUUUUCACCGGCUCAAGUACCAGUGUUUUAAAUCAGCGUGGAUGUAUGAAGUUUUGCACACGGGUUUCUCCUUCCCAACCAAUUACAAAAACCUGAAGACAGCCUUGCUGGUCUACGAUAAGGAGGUCCAGUGGACUCUUGGAGCUAUUCUUUAUAGAACGCGGUUUCUCCCUUUGAGGGACAUCCCACAGGAGAGUCUGAAAGGAGCACACUCUCACUGGCGACACAGCUUCUCCUUUGUCAACAACCACUACUUGUUCCUGGCUUGUUUUUUUAUCGUGUUGCUCUCCAUUAUACUGUAUUUGCUGAGGCUUCGCCGCAUCCAUCGCCGUGUGGCGCAGCCCUACACUCCCUCCUCUGUGCCGUGGUUGGAAGAGGGCCUCGGCUCACCCUCUCUCCCAAUCAACCUCUGAACUUUGGGCAGCAUGAACAGGUUUAUAACUUUCCCAAGUUGAACUCCACUUCUGUCAGACUGUCCGAUUUUUAUUUUUUUUUUGGUGGUCUGCUCACAUAUCCUACUAGCUGUUGAGCUGGAAUUAGAUAUUUGGAUAAAAGGGGAAAAUUUUUCAUAUAUCUUUGGAUGAGAGAUACUAUAUUGCUUUUAUUAUUGUUUCGCCUGCAGCUGCCUUCAGGUGUUUUUGUUUUUUUAAAUGGUAAACACAAAAUGGUACUUUGCUUUGUAGUUGACUCACACCCUACUAGACUGUACUUUGGCUUUCACCACACUGGAUGAAUAUAUCAGAUGUUUUAAGUUUUUUGCCUUUUUCAUGUGCAUUUUUUUGUAUUUUUAUUUAAUUUCGUUCUGUUUUAGCUUACUUUUUUUUCCCCAUUUCUCAUUGUUGUCAAAUAGAAAAAGCACUCUCUACAGAAACCUUAAAUGCAAUAUGAUUUCUCCAUUGCAUUGGAAGCACUUUGCACUGCAGUUAAUCUGCAUGGCCUAGAUGAAGCAACUUUUUGGGUGUAUUUGUCCCUAAACUUUUCUAUUUCAUAUUUAUGUUGGAAGAUAUGAAGCCUUUCACAGCUGUAAUAGUGCAAUACAUGUCUUGUCACUGCUGAGGAAAUCUUUGAAAACCUGUCUGCCAUCCUAACGAGAGAAUCAGUCCCCCUGCUGAAACUAUUGCUCGACUCUCUGGUGAGUAUUGUUACUUUAAUUGGGGCUUCAUUUUCAGAAGCCAUUAUAUCAAUACUGUGAGGAAAUUGUAAAUCAGAGCGUGUGUUAUUUAAAUAAAAAUGGUCUACUCGAGUGUUUUCGCAGGCGAAUGUGAAAUAACUGUUGUGACAUUGCAAUACAGGAAUAAUAAAAGUUUUAUGAGA